GUAACUGUCAACAAUUUUCAUUCGAGCCGAAGCAUCUCAAGCGCUGUGAAUUUUUAAAAAUAAAACGCUGAAAAUCGCUCAUGUUUCAGCCUAAAAUAGUUUAAAUACGUGCAUUAAGGGCCACUGCAUACGAAGAAAGUGGAGUUUUGGUGAAAAAUGCGUGGUUUUCGCUGAGAUUGUGAUUUAAAAGUCGAAAAUUGCAAAUGGUGACGCACGCGGCGUUUGGCAUUUCUAAUUUUCGCUGUCACCAAUACUAUCGACCUAAGUAGGCAGUCACCAAUACAAACAAAGCAGGUGUCGGCGUUUCGUGUCGCAACCUACGCAAUCCCACAACCAUGACUUCGAUGUACGCUCAGAGUACGUCCUCGCCACAACCUCAGGUUGUGGAUACGGUCCAGAUGAACCAUUUCCGCAGUUUUGUGAACAUGCUCGGAGAUGCAUCUGCAAAGGACGAAAUAAAGCUAAAGGCGGCCCAGGAACUGAGCGAACACUUUGAGCUGAUCACGCAAUGCAGCGCGUAUCCAAACUUCCUGGAGCACUCCAUGCGAAUCUUCAUCAAGAUUUUGCAGGAGGGCGAACCGCACUUCAUUUCGGAGCUAAAUUUACAGCAAGUACGCAAGCUCGUACUGGAAAUGAUCCAUCGGUUGCCAACGUCGGAACUUAUUCGGCCAUACGUCAAGCCCAUCAUUGUUUUGGCCAUCAAACUGCUGCAGACGGACAACGAGGAAAAUGUGCUGGUCUGUUUGCGAAUCAUCAUCGACAUGCACAAGCAGUAUCGACCCUCGUUUCAUCCGGAGAUUCAGGACUUUCUUUCGUACGUAAAAAUCAUCUAUUCCGAUCUGCCGAAGCACCUGACUACGAUGUUCGAGCCGAAGCAGACCAUCCGAGUGAAAGACUUAAAAGAUGUAAACUUUGAGGUUCUUUUGCCGGAAACGUUCACAAUCACCCCGAUUCAGGUGGAGAAGAAAACGGCGGAUGGAAAGAUUGCCAACAUAACGUAUAACUUGAUCCCUAAAGGAAUAAACUCGCUGAAAGUACUGCAAGAAUUGCCGAUCAUCGUCGUGCUGAUGUAUCAGAUUUACAAAACCAACGUGCACCAGGAAGUCGUCGAUUUUGUACCACUGAUUAUGACAACCAUAACCUUACAACCGCUUCCAGUUCACAAGAACUCCCCGGCUUUCAACAAGGAAAUUUACGUCGAUUUUAUGGGCGCCCAGAUCAAGACGCUUUCCUUUUCGGCCUACAUAAUUCGGCUGUUUCAGGAGGUCAUCCUGAAUCACGCACCCACCAUGGUCAAGGGGAUGCUGAACCUGCUGGAGAGCUGCCCGAAAGAGGUGGCUCACCUGCGGAAAGAACUGCUCGUAGCCACCCGGCACAUUCUGGCGACGGAGCUGAGGAAUCAUUUCGUUUCCUCCAUCGACAAACUGUUUGACGAAGAUGUCCUGCUGGGCAAAGGGUGGACCACGCACGAAUCGCUGCGGCCGCUCGCAUAUUCCACGUUGGCUGAUCUCGUCCACCACGUUCGGCAGCAUUUGUCGCUGUCGGCGCUUUCGAAGGCGGUUCAUUUGUUUGCCAAAAAUGUGCACGACGAUUCGCUGCCAACCAGCAUUCAGACUAUGUCCUGUAAGCUGUUGUUGAAUCUGGUCGAAUGCAUUCGCAUGAAGAGUGACGUCGAAGCGGCGGCCAGCCGGGAGCUGCUGAUUAUGAUGCUGAAGGUUUUCACGCAAAAGUUUCACACCAUUUCGAAGCUUCAGCUGCCGCAAAUCAUGCAAAAGUGGAAAACGAUGAAACCGGAAGCUGGAAGCGGCGCCGGUGGUGGGAGUCCCAGUGCAGCACCCCCGACGCCAGGUGGAACCACAACAGCAGUUGCUCCGGUGGCCACUCCUCAACACACGCCGCAAACAUCGGCAGCGACCAGCGACAGUGCGAAAGAUUUUCUCGGGCUCGAUUUGUCGGACAAUUCGUCCAAGCUGACCACGAUUGGAUUUCCCCAGCCGAACAACCUGAACGUAACCGAGUAUCGCAGCCUGGUGAAGACACUUGUAUGCGGCGUAAAAACCAUCACCUGGGGUUGUCCGGCGGCUAAGACAAGCCAAAACGAGCACAGCUUGCCGGCGUCAAAGCUGUUUAAUCCGUCGGAAAUUCUGAUCUUUAUCGAUCUCUUCCACUGGGCGCUGGAGGCCCUGGACAUUUACACGAUCAACGUUCCGGUCAUGGGCAUGCCGCAGACACUUCCCCAGCAGAAACAAGCACUCCAAAUGCCGCGAUCCAAGGAGGAGAAGGAAGUUCUGGAACACUUUAGCGGAGUGUUUCUCACGAUGGAUUCACAAAACUUCCAGGAGAUAUUCGCGUCCACUAUCGAUUUCAUGGUCGAUCGGCUGUACAAAAACUCAGCCCUGCAAGUGAUUGCCAAUUCGUUCCUGGCGAACCCUAAAACGUCGCCCUUGUUUGCCACAGUUUUGGUGGAAUAUUUGCUCGAGCGCAUGGAAGAGAUGGGUUCAAACAUCGAGCGUUCGAAUCUUUACUUGCGGCUGUUCAAGUUGGUGUUUGGAAGUGUCAGUUUGUUUGCUGCAGAAAACGAACACAUGCUAAAACCACAUUUGCACUCCAUUGUAAAUAAAUCGAUGGAGCUGGCGAUGACGGCCAAGGAGCCGUACAAUUACUUCCUGCUUUUGCGUGCAUUGUUUCGGUCGAUUGGUGGUGGAUCGCACGAUUUGCUGUAUCAGGAGUUUCUGCCGUUGCUGCCGAAUCUGCUAGAGGGAUUAAAUCGACUGCAAAGUGGCUUCCACAAGCAAUUUUUGAAAGACCUUUUCGUUGAAUUGUGCCUAACGGUGCCUGUAAGGCUAUCUUCGCUGCUUCCUUACUUGCCCAUGCUCAUGGACCCUUUGGUUUCUGCAUUGCACGGUUCGCACACGCUGGUCAGCCAAGGUCUGCGCACUCUGGAACUUUGCGUAGACAACCUGCAGCCGGAUUUUCUGUACGACCACAUUCAACCGGUACGUGCCGACUUGAUGCAGGCACUUUGGAGAACACUACGUAACCAGGACAGUGCCGCCGUGGUGGCGUUCCGUGUGCUCGGCAAAUUUGGCGGCGGAAAUCGCAAAAUGAUGAUCGAACCACAAGCGCUUCAGUACUUGGAAAGUGACACCCUGCAGCCGGCCGUAGUGGCUUACUUCCAGGAGCACCGUAAACCCAUCGAUUUCCCGGUAGACAAGGUUAUCGAGACGGCUUUCAACGCGCUCAAAACAAGCACCACCGAUCCGUUUUACUGGCGCCAAAGUUGGGAAGUGAUUCGCUGCUAUCUGGCCGCGUCGAUUUGCCUGGACGAUGACAAACACACCUUGCAGAAGCUGUUCAUGCAUCCCAGCUUCACCGAAAACAACGUUCUGCCAACUACGGCUUAUUACACCUUAUAUGACAAGCAGGCGAGGCAGACACACCAGCGGGCCAUCACCGGCAUGUUUGUGGCCGCAGCCACCAAAGAACUUCGCGGCUCCGUCCUACCCACCAUGGUGGCCGUUGUCCGGCACUACACAAUGGUCGCGAUCGCCCAACAGGCCGGACCGUUCCCCCACAAGCACUACAAUGUAAACAGCGGACUCGACCCGCUAGUUCUGAUCGACGCACUCACAGAAAUAAUGGGCCAUGAAGAGAAGGAACUCUGCAAACCGGGCAAUCUGGCGAUGGUGCUAAUUCUUGAGACCGCAACCAACAUCAUGGGAUCGAAGGAACGUGCCUGUCGGCUGCCGAUGAUGCAAUACUUGGCAGAGAAGAUGGCUGCCCUCUGCUACGAACGUCCCUGGUACUCAAAAAUGGGCGGCUGCAUCGCCCUCAAAUUCCUGUUCCAAAAUAUGGCCAUGCGAUGGCUGUACCAGCAUCUGUUCAUCUUUCUGAAGGCCUUCAUGUUCAUCAUUAUGGAUCUAACUGGGGAAGUUUCCAGCGGGGCUAUCGACAUGGCCAAAAACUAUCUGGAAAAGAUGCUGAAAAUCUGCAUGACCCCGUUAGACAGAGACUGCAAGAACGACGAACUAGUUGCCACCCAGAAAAAGGCCAUGUACGACGUAAUCCACGAGCUCGUGCGCCAGGUUACCAGUCCCCACACACUCGUCCGGGAAACGGCCAUGUCAUCGCUGCGUUUGAUUGCCGAACUGCAAAACAAGUCGGUCACCGAGGUUAUGAAUCCGCACCGCGAAGUACUCGUGGACAUGAUCCCACCCAAAAAGCACCUCCUGCGCCACCAACCGGCGAGCGCCCAGAUUGGCCUGAUGGACGGAAACACGUUCUGCACGACGCUCGAGCCACGACUCUUUACCAUCGAUCUAAAUAUCCUCACGCACAAGGUGUUUUACCACGAGGUGCUAACCCUAUCGGACGCCGAGGACACCACGCUGAACAAGCUAGACUGCUACAAAACCGUAACCAAUCUGAUUCCACUGCGGAAGAGUGCGCUGCGUGCGUUGGCCGCCUGCCACUACAUUCCGAACGGGUGCCGCGAAAAGAUCUUCUCCAUUCUGUUCAAGGCGCUCGAGAAGAACAACGUCGAACUGCAGGAGGCGGCCUUCGAGUGCAUGCAAAACUUCCUACAGGGAUGCACUGUGGACAAGGAGACGAUUCACGCCGGCAUCCGGCCGCUGUUGAUGCAGCUCGGCGAUCACCGCAACCUGACGCUGAACGGCGCCAAACGGUUGUCCUACCUGACGCAGCUGUUCCCGUCCAUGUUCAACGAGAAGCUGUGUGAUUCGUUGCUUCAGAUCGUGAAAAAACUGCUCGAGAGCUCCAUCACUGCCAACAAGGGAUCCAACUUUUUGGCCAACUCCAAGACGGGCGAAACGGAGCAAAAGAUUGUGACGAUCAUCGGAAUAUUCCACCAGAUUCCGGCUGCCAGCGCCAAGUUUAUCGACAGCUUGUGCAAACUGAUUCUGCAAACGGAGAAGAGCCUGAUGAUCGAACCAUGCUCACCGUACCGCGGUCCGUUGGUCAAAUUCCUGCUCAAGUUCCCCAAGGAAACGAUGGAACUGUUGCUGAGCGAUAUCAACGUGAAAGACGCGCAGUGGAAUCGGUUCAUGAUCUACCUGCUAAAGCACAAGAACGGUCUGUCCUUCCGCAAUGCGAUCCAGGAGAAGGGACCGCGGCUGAUACAGCUCAUACUGAUCAACUCGGAGGGCAGCAUUGCGAUUUCGCAAGGAAAAUCCUACGAAGAUCGCUACGAAGCGCAGAGACAGGCCGUACUCAUCGUUUACACGCUGAUUGAGUUUGACAGUCCGUGGAUUUCGUCCCAGACGGACAUUAUUGCGGCGCUGAAGAAAAUCUGGAAAAAUGAUCUGUACAAGACGUGCCAAGCGUCGGUAGUUUGCGAUCUGUGGCACCUGGUGGCCAAGAUUCUGAUCGAGUACUUUUCGCACAACACCAACGAGAUACCGCUGCUGUUCCAGCUGUUGCGUGCACUCUGCUUGCGCUUCAUUCCGGACUUUCAAUUCUUCCGUGAUUUCCUGCAGAACACCGUUUGUCAAAGCUACACCGUCGACUGGAAGCGUCAGGCGUUCUUCCACUUUGUCGAGUGCUUCGCCAAUCAGGAAAUCUCGCAGGAACUAAAGGCGAAAAUUCUCACCAUGGUCAUCAUUCCGAGCUUUGCCGUAAGCUUCGAAAAGGGCGAAGGGAACAAACUGGUUGGAGCUCCGCCCGCACCGUACCAGGAGGACGACAACAACGUCGUGUCGGUGUUCAUCAACAAAGUCAUCGAUCCGGAAAAGCCAUUCGCGAACGAAGACGCGGUAAGAAUUGCGCUGCUCCAGUUUGCCUGCUUGCUCGUGGAACGGGCCUCACCCCACAUUCACGACGGAGAUGCCAACAAUAAGCGCGAAGGUAACAAACUCCGACGGCUGAUGACGUUUGCGUGGCCAUGUCUGCUGCCGAAGAACUGUGUCGAUCCGGCGGCCAGAUAUCAUGGUCAUUUGCUGCUAAGUCACAUCAUUGCUCGGCUCGCCAUCCACAAGCGAAUCGUCCUGCAGGUGUUUCACUCGCUGUUGAAGGCCCACGCCGUUGAGGCGAGAACCGUCGUGAAGCAGGCACUGGAAGUGUUGACUCCGGCCAUGCCACUGCGAAUGGAAGAUGGCAACACGAUGUUGACUCAUUGGACCAAGAAGAUCAUCGUGGAGGAAGGACACUCGAUGCAGCAGCUAUUUCACAUUCUGCAGUUGCUGGUUAGACACUUUAAGGUCUACUACCGGGUUCGUCAUCAUCUGGUACAGCAGAUCAUCAACUCCAUGCAUCGGCUGGGUUUCACGGUGAACGCCACAAUAGACUACAGAAAAUUGUCGGUUGAGCUGGCCGAGGUCAUUAUAAAAUGGGAACUACAGAGAAUCAAGGAGGAAACGGACGGCACCGGCGCGGGCAUCGAAGACGAAGAUAGCAAGAUGCAAAGCGAGCACAAACCACAGGUCACCGGCGGAGUUAAGCGAACGGCCCAGGAGGAAGAAGCUCGCAAGAAGCUGGCCACAGGAGAGAGCAACCCGCAGCCGUCGCCCAGUACUUCGGCUGGUCCUUCUACUAGUGCAGUUGUAGCUACAACCGCUCCAAAGGUGGAAGGUUCCGGCCGUCCGAUUGACCGCGCUCACUGCGAUGCGGUGCUGAAUUUCCUCUUCCGGAUGGCAUGUCAACUGAACGAUGUGUCCACAACACCGGGCACGAUAUCACCGGGUGAGAGUCUGUCCAGGCGAUGCGUCACGCUCCUCAAGUUGGCCAUCAAACCGGACGUUUGGCAGCAACCGUUUGAUUUGAAGCUUACCUGGCUGGACAAAGUGUUUACCAGCAUCGAAGGUCAACAGCCCAACAUUGGCAACAUCUGCACCGCGCUGGAGCUGCUAACAUUCCUGCUGAGUGUGCUGAAAAAAGAUCAAAUUUUGACCACGUUCCGCCCACUGCAGAGAGGCCUUUCGGCGUGCGUAACCUGCCCCAACACGCGCGUCAUCAAACUGAUGCAUGGACUGCUAACAAGACUGAUGUCGAUCUUCCCCACCGACUCGCACCACAAACAUGACGAACUAGAAACGCUCUACGCCACAAUUAGUAAGAUGAUCUUUGAAGGACUGGCGACCUACGAGAAGAACUCGCAGGCCAACCCGUCAACGCUGUUCGGCACCCUCAUGACCCUGAAGGCAGCUUGUACCAACAACCAGAGCUACAUCGAUCGACUCAUCAUUCCAUUCAUGAGACUGCUGAACCGGUUGACCAAAGAACAUCUCGGAGGAAUAGCGAGUAACCAGAAUGGAAACACCAGCGAGGCGACCAAUAACGCUGGCUCGAUUGCGCUCGAACUUCUGGUGGUUUCACUGGAUUUGGUCAAGAAUCGUGUCGUGGUUAUGAGCGUCGAAAUGCGCAAAAUGUUCAUCGGAGGAAUUCUGGUUGGCCUGAUCGAGAAAAGCAACGACGUUAAGGUCAUCAAGGCGAUCGUCAAGAUGAUCGAAGAGUGGAUGAAGAACAAAAACACUCCGGUGACCGUGUCCCAGGCACCGACGCUGCGUGAAAAGUCCAUUCUCCUGGUGAAGCUGAUGCAGUACGUGGAGAAGCGAUUCGCCGACGACCAGGAAUUGAACGGACAGUUUCUGGAGCUGAUCAACUACAUCUACCGCGAUGAGCAACUCAAGGUGACGGAGCUUACGUCGAAGCUGGAAGCCGCGUUCCUGGCCGGACUGCGAUGCAACCAGCCCAAGAUCCGGGCCAAAUUCUUCGAAGUUUUCGACGGUUCGAUGCGACGCCGACUGCACGAUCGUUUGCUCUACAUUAUUUGUUCGCACGCGUGGGAUUCCAUUGGACAGCACUACUGGAUCAAGCAGUGCAUCGAAUUGUUGAUCCUGACGGCAAACACGACCACUCAAAUCCAAAACAGCAACGAGCACCAUCUUCUCCCUAGCAUUUCGUCCGUUAUCAAUCUGGCCGAGUCGGACGAAAAGAAGAACUUUGUUAUUUACACGUCGCUGCAAAGUGACCCGGCGGAGACGUCCUUCGAUCCCAUUGAGGACAAAGAGGACGCAUUCGACAUGGACAUGAGCGUAGAUUCGAACAUUUCACGACACGAAGAGAGCGAACGACCGGUCGCAAAUCGACAGGCCGCCCUCGCCAAGCUCAUCAGCCGACAGGCCGAAUUCCUCGAGGCAAGCCGGAAGGUUCGCACGGAACAACUGCUAGUGGCUACGGCCCAGCUAUGCCACAUGGAUACAGCACUUGCGGAAAAGGUUUGGCUCGAUGUGUUCCCGCGGUUGUGGUCGAUCCUGGACCAAGGCCAGCAACAGUCUCUCGACCGGGAGAUUGUUCCGUUCCUUUCGUCGGGCACUCACAUCAUCCAAAAGGAUUGUCAUCCCAGCGCACUGCACACCUUCGUCGAGUCCCUGUCCCAGUGUAGUCCGCCGGUUUACAUCCCGCCCAAUUUGAUGGCUUACCUGGGCAAGGCCCACAAUCUGUGGCACCGUAUGACACUCAAGCUGGAAGAAAUGGCCUUAGAGUGGCCGAAUCGCAAAGAAGUCGUUUCGGAGUAUAACGAAUUUGACGACGAGAACAAUCGCGACGGUUCGUACGUAAUGGAUCCGCUGUCGCAGAUGUACUCGUCACUGCACGAGGAAGAUCUGUGGGCUGGCCUCUGGCUCAAGUAUGCAAAGUAUCCCGAGACGAAUCUGGCCAUUGCCCACGAGCAGAUGGGUUUCUUCGAGGAAGCUCAAAGCAUUUACGAUUCCGCCAUGACCAAGUUUAAGCAAGAUCUCAACAACGGAGUCACACCGAACGAUAUGAACAGCGAGAUUCUGCUGUGGGAGAACCACUGGAUUCGGUGCGCCAAAGAGCUCAACCAGUGGGACAUUUUGAUGGAUUAUGGUCAGCUGAGCAAAGAUAAAAAUUCCUUCCUGAUCAUGGACAGCGCCUGGCGGGUUCCGGACUGGACGUUGAUGAAACAGGCCCUAUUGAAGGUGGAACAAUCCUGUCCGAAGCAGGUUGGCUACAAAGUGAACUUGUACCGGGGCUAUCUUACCAUUCUUAACCAGGAGCAGGAGCAGCAUCCGUCGUCGGUGGAACGGUACGUUGAAAUGUCGUCGGCUUACUGCAUGCGUGAAUGGCGCCGUUUGCCGCCGAUUGUCUCCCACAUCCAUCUCCCAAUCCUGCAAGCCUCCCAGCAAAUUAUGGAACUGCAAGAAGCGAGUCAGAUUCAUCAAGGUCUUUUGCAAAACAGAAGUUCUUCGCUGCACGACAUGAAAGCGAUCGUGAAGACGUGGCGUAACCGGCUACCCGUCAUUGCGGACGAUUUGUCCCACUGGAGUGACAUUUUCACCUGGAGACAGCACCAUUAUCAGAUCAUUACGUCGCACUUGGAGCAGCAGGGAGAUAACAACGCACCCUGUAUGUUGGGAGCGCACGCUUCCGCCCAAACGAUCAUCCAUUUUGGCAAGAUCGCCCGCAAACAGAACCUUACGGGGGUGUGCCAGGACUCGUUGUACAGGAUUUACACGAUUCCGUCGGUGCCCGUGGUGGACUGCUUCCAGAAGAUACGCCAACAGGUCAAAUGUGUGCUGCAGAUGGCCGCCGUCAACAGUCGUUUAGAGCUGUCCGAAGCACUGGAAGUGAUCGAACCUACAAAUCUAGACUUUUUCAGCAAAGAAAUGACGGCGGAAUUCUAUGCAAUGAAGGGACUCCUGCUGGCACAAACUGGUCGAUCGGAAGAAGCCAACAAGGCGUUCAGCGCGGCAACCCAACUUCACGACACUCUGAUUAAGGCUUGGGCGCUGUGGGGAGACUAUUUGGAGCACAUUUUCACACGUGAUCCGCGCCAAACCAAUCUCGGAGUUGCGACAAUGACCUGUUUCCUGCACGCUUGUCGUACGCAAAAUGAAAGCAAGUCGAGAAAGUACCUUGCCAAGGUAUUGUGGCUGUUGUCGUACGACGAAGACAAAUCCCUGCUGGACGCGCUGGACAAGUAUGCGGUUGGAGUUCCUCCAUUGCAGUGGGUUCCGUGGAUUCCACAGCUUCUGUGCUGUUUGGUGCAGUACGAAGGAACGGUCAUUUUGAACCUGCUGAGCCAAGUUGGUCGAAUGUUCCCGCAGGCCGUUUACUUCCCCAUCCGCACGCUCUAUCUGACGUUGAAGAUUGAACAACGCGAGCGGUACAAGAGUGUGGAGCAGGCAUCUGCCGCCGCCCAGAAGGUCACCGUCAACAAGAUGGAAGGUGGUGGCGGGACCGCCGGCGGAGCUUCGGUGACCAUUUCCACCCAACCCGGAGGAUCUGGCAAUCAACAGACGGCAGCAGCAGCAGGUGGACAACAGCAGCCAUCGGCAGCGGAUAAUCAACCAGGCGUCGCCACACCCGGGGGACCUUCCUUGCAGGCCACAACGACACCGAUUCGGGCCACACCGCCAAUGUGGAGAUGUUCGAAAAUUAUGCACUUGCAGCGGGAUAUUCACCCAACGGUGCUGAGCUCUCUGGAGGGCAUCGUCGAUCAAAUGGUUUGGUUCCGGGAGAAUUGGUACGAGGAGGUGCUUCGCCAACUGCGACAGGGCCUCACCAAAUGCUACGCAAUUGCAUUCGAGAACCGUUGCUCGGUGAACGAGGCCACAAUCACGCAGCACACGCUUAACUUUGUCAAAAAGCUCGUCUCGACGUUCGGCAUCGGGAUAGAUUCUAUGGUUUCAGAAAACAUUUCCAGUUCCGUGUCGUCCAACUUUUCGUCGGCUGCGUCGGAAUCACUGGCCAGACGAGCCCAGGCAACCGUCCAGGAUCCCGUGUUCCAGAAGAUGAAGGGCCAGUUUACGAGUGAUUUCGACUUUUCUCAACCGGGAGCGACGAAACUGCACAAUCUCAUCAACAAGCUCAAAAUUUGGAUCAAGAUCUUGGAGAACAAAACCAAGCAGCUUCCAAAAUCGUUCCUGAUCGAGGAAAAGUGUCGUUUCCUGUCCAACUUUAGUCAGAAAACAGCCGAGGUUGAACUGCCAGGAGAGUUGCUGCUUCCCAAGCAUUCCCACUAUCACAUCCGGAUUUCACGCUUCAUGCCACGUGUUGAUAUCGUACAGAAGCACAACACCGCUGCCCGCCGGUUGUACAUUCGGGGCACCAACGGAAAAAUAUAUCCGUACUUGGUGGUGAACGACACCGGGCUGGGAGAUGCACGCCGCGAGGAGCGCGUCCUGCAGCUAUUGCGUAUGCUCAACAACUAUCUGGCUAAGCAGAAGGAAACCUCCCGGCGUUUCCUGCACAUCACCGUGCCAAGAGUCGUGGCCGUUUCGCCACAAAUGCGUCUGGUUGAGGAUAACCCGUCCAGCAUUUCCCUGCUCGACGUCUACAAAACGGGCUGCACUAAGCUAAACAUAGAACACGACGCGCCAAUCGCACGCUACUACGAACGGUUGGCCAAGGUGCAGGCUCGCGGCUCGCAGACGACACACACCGUGCUGAGGGACAUUCUGCGAGAAGUUCAGACCUCGAUGAUUCCCCGAACAAUGCUCAAAGAUUGGGCGGUACGGAACUUCCGAUCGGCAACGGAUUACUGGCAGUUUAGGAAGAUGUUUACCCUGCAGCUGUCGUUAUCCUGCCUUAUGGAAUACGCACUCUAUCUGACCCGACUGAACGCCGACAUGAUGUAUCUUCACCAGGACUCCGGACUGAUGAAUAUUUCCUAUUUUAAAUUCGACGUAGACGAUUCGACCGGACUGCUGGACGUGAACCGACCGGUUCCGUUCCGACUUACGCCCAACAUUGUUGAGUUUCUGUCGACCAUCGGUGUCACAGGACCGCUCACAGCGUCCACCAUCGCAACGGCACGAUGCCUGGUGCAGCCCAACUUUAAACUUCCCACCAUCCUACGGGCGAUUCUUCGUGAUGAAAUAAUUGCCGUGCAGAAGAAGCGCAUCCUCGACGAAAAGCUGAUCGAUCAAGGAGCUGGCACCGACCUGUCGCAUGAAAACCCCGCGGUUGAAGUCGACUCGGAGACGGUCAUCACUACGGUUAACAAAGCGGUCAACAAUAUCAUGGCGCGGCUGAACAGUUUGGCGCGCUUCGACAACGCAGAGGUGAACCGAAUGAGCACCUUGGUGCAACUGGCCAGCAAUUCGGACAAUCUUUGCCGAAUGGAUCCCACGUGGCAUCCAUGGCUUUAAGCUGGUUAAAUUGGCUUUUAAAAUGAUACACUCUUACUCCUACAUGUUGUAUCGUAAAAAUAAAGAUAAUAAUAUUAAGCAAAGUAAACGUCCAUCACAUCGUUGGCGUUACGUGACUGAGGAAUGUUCCCUGAGGUGGAUAGCCAAUCAACAGACUACGUUGUCAGGUUACAACAUAAAUCUUAUCCAUACGGUUUAGGAAUUAAGGUUAUUCGUUGUAAAUAUGCGAAAAAUAAACUACGUUUUCAAAAUUCAAA